AUGGCUCCAGGAAUUAGGUUCAGCAAGAGAGUGAGGACAGGUCCACAACCAGAGGAGCAAUCUUCAAAAAGGCUUCACUCUACAGAGACAGAUGGCCACAAUGUACAGGAACCAACAUAUGCUCCUACACAGCGAGCACCAAGGAGACCCAGGGCAGCAACUAAGGGAAAACAACUGGACAGGAUGACUAAAGUUAUGCAAAGGAGACUGCCCAUAGCUGUUGAGGAAGGCAAAAAAAGGCCACAUGAACCUGUUCAAGCUGCCAAGUUUGCAUCAGAGGCUGGCAUCAUUAUUCGGGAAACCAUGCCUAUCCUAACUCAUUGGAAAGAUUACAAGGACGACCAGAAAUACUACAACAGCUUUGUGUCACAGCUAAAUGGGCGCUUGUCCGUUAACACUGAGGACAAGGCAACAAAGGAAGCUUGCACCGAUAUGCUACGCUCUGCGGUAAAAAACCAGUGUUAUCGGCUCAAGCAGAAAUACUUCAAUGGUGUACCUGCAAAUGAGAUUAUGAUAACUUCUCCUGUAUCUUACAUGACUGAUGAACAGUGGAGGGCAUUAGUUGCAAAGUGGUCUGAUCCAAAGAACAUGGAAAUAAGUGAAAAGAACAAGCAGAACUGCAGUCAAGUCAAGUUUCAUCAGGCUACAGGUUCUCGCUGCUAUGUGGCACACUUACAUGCAUAUAAGCAGAAGAGAAACAGAGAAGAACCCAGCUUAGAUCAGACUGAAGAACUAGAUGCGGUGGACGCCUUCAAGACCUGCCAUACCAGCUCCAAACGUGGCCUGGGUGAACCGGCAAAAGAAGCACUUUCUCAUAUGGAGGCUUUGAGGGCUGAACCUGUUGCUGAAGGUGAGAUGCCAGCAUCCAGUGUGCACCUUGUGUCCAAGGUGCUGUCCCAGAGCAGCUCACACCAAUUCCUAAAGAGCGUCGGCAUCAAAACAUCGGCAUCCUCCAAGGCAUCAUCAUCAAAUCAAAGUGAGCUUCGGGAACAACUUGCAGCUGAAGCGACGGCUGCUGUUCAAGACGAGGAGGAUAACGAAUACGACUGA